AUGAGACCUUUUUCGCGAGUCGAGGACUUUGAAAUGUGGCAGUUUCUGCUGAAAGAAACGCUGGACCCGCACAGCGGACAGGUCGUCCGCAACCUCAUCCGUCCACGUGGAUUCGGCAUUUGGCAAAAGUUCCGCGAAGAAUCGGGCUCCGAGCGAAGUGUGCCGAGCCUCCGGAAGCGGUCAGACAAUAUCGACAAUUCUUACAUUCGUUUUGCUCAUUUUCAGCUUCAGCAACCAUCAAUUUCCGUCGCCGCUCGCACUGGAUAUCGAUUUCGAGAGCAAAGUGAAACUGGUGUACGCCUACGAAGUUCCGAUCGCUGAACCAUUUCUCGCCGAGUAUGUUUUAAGGAUUCUGCAGAAAAAUCGAUCAACUACGUAGAAUUCUAUGUAGAAUUUGAAUUUCUUGCAAACAAAUGACCGUAGUUUUGGCUGCUUCAUUAGAGCUCUAAUCUUGUCAAGUUUCAGACUUCGCAAAAACGCGGUGGUGGAAGUGAACGGGGAGAAUUGCAUUGUGAGAUACGUGGAAAACCGAGAAGGAGGACUGACAUUAACGGCCGCCGUGCAUAGGAAUCCGACGCGCAAACGGGCGGCCCACGACUCGGCGACAGAGGCGAAACGGCCGAAUCGGUCGGGCGGCACAGAGGAACUCGACGAGGAGACGGUCGAGGAAGCGGAUUGGAACGGAUGGCUGAGGAAGAAGCUCGAGAUGCAGAACGGUCGGCAGUUGGAGGCGGAAGUGAAACAAGAGGGACCGUCUGCCUCUUCUCGUCCAGGCUUCGAAUUGGAAGAGGAAGACGAGGAGGAGGAGGAGGAGGAGACGGCUCCGAUUCAGAGAGAAGAAGAGUGUACGACGACGAUGCAAUACUUUCUGAGCUCCCUGAAAGACGUGAUUGUGCAGUCAAACUCGGAAAUGUUGAAUGCGGUGAAGCAGUUGGUGCCGAAAGAGUGAGAAAAUUAUCUUUUUUUUUUUUUUUGGAAAUCAGUGAGAAAUUUCAGAUCAGAGAAAGCGAAAGUGGGAGUAUGCGAGGAAAAAGAGGGCGAAGUGAGCAUGAAAAAGUAUUUGGAGCACUUGAAAACAUUCAUCUCGAACCUGGGAUCAUCCGAAUUGGAGCCGAUUCGACAGAGAGUGGAAGAAGCGAUCGGAGAUCUGAAGCACGCGGACAAGACGAUUCCGAAGGCGAAGGUUCAAAUGAUGUUGGAGGCCACGUUGGCGAUGAUGGGUCUCUGA